UGUAACCUUUUAUAUGACUGAAGAGGGGAAGCCUAAAAUGUCCUCCAGUGGUACCCUAAGUAACUAUUAUGUGGAUUCUCUCAUAGGACAUGAGAAUGAAGAGGUCUAUGGUGCUAGAUUCUCCCAGGGAGGUCACACGACGACCUCUAGGCCACCGCCAGGUGUUGGAGAUACUUCAGAUUUUUCUUCUUGCAGCUUUGCGUCAAAAUCCAGCGUCUUCCCUGCGUCUUGGUCUACGGUGCACCCUCAGCCUUCUCCAGGAAUGACUGGGAUCUAUCACCCUUACAUGAGCCAGUCCCACCUAGGCUCAGAGAGCAGCAGAUACACAGUGCGCUCCUGGCUGGAGCCCAUCUCCACCACUUCUUCGUCUUCCUCCUUCUCUGGAUUUCACCCCAACGGGCGCAGCUAUGGGAUCAAACCCGAAAGCCUCCCCAAAAGGACCGAGUGCUCCUCAUUUGACUCCCAGGGAAUGGGUCUGCCGGAGUACCCCUGCAAUUCCUUCACAGAAAGCCCAGAGAAGCCUCCACCUAAAGACACUCCUGCUUCUGCAGCAACCAGCGAGGAGCCUGAGAGCCCUGAGCUCAAAGAGGAGAAGCAGCAGCCGCAGCAGCCGCCACAGCAGCAACAGAAUCCACAAAUUGACCCAAAUAAUCCUGCGGCCAACUGGAUCCAUGCUCGAUCCACUAGGAAGAAGAGAUGUCCCUAUACCAAAUACCAGACUCUGGAGCUAGAGAAGGAGUUCCUCUUCAAUAUGUACCUGACCCGAGAUCGUCGCUAUGAAGUAGCCAGAAUAUUAAACCUGACAGAGAGACAGGUCAAAAUCUGGUUUCAGAACAGAAGGAUGAAAAUGAAGAAAAUGAACAAGGAAAGGGGCAGCAAGGACCAAUAGCCUUGACGCCCUGAAUCCCCUCUGUAGGAUCUGGAACACUGAGAUAUAAAUAUAUAUAUAUUUAGGUCUUUUUUUCUCUCUUGAAGAUAGAUGUAAAAUGUGUUGUGUAUUUUGCAAACUUGGUUGUCAGUGAGCAUCUGAAGAUGCAACCUUUUUUUUUUUUUUGUUCUCCUGGGGACUCAUUUCUGAUUGAAUACUAUUGUGAUUGCACGCUAUAGACAUUGCAGGUAGGUUUUGCGACAUUUCUGAAGCAUCUUAUGGAUCUGUAAAGAAGUAGUGUAGUUCCUUAAAAAAAAUUGUACAGUUGCAUCGGAUGAAGUCGGCCAUAGUCUAUACAGCAGAUUUUAUUUUAUUUUUAUUUUUUGUCACAGUCUGCAUGUGAUGGGGGCACUAAUAUCCAUUUUAUUAGUGGAAACAAAUAAGGCGCAUGCAAAACCAGAUUGUUUUAGGCCUAGGGCUCAGUUUACAAAACGGUUAUUUGAUGGUAGGAUUUUUAUUAUGACUAUUUUUUAUUUACAUUUUUUUUUUAAUUGAUAGCAAGAAAAAAUAUCCAAAUAAAAAAAAAUUGAAGGAUUUUCUUCAGUUAAACUUUAGUACAUGGACAAGACAGGAUCCGUUUAUGCGGGAUUCAUGGACAUUGAUGUUGGUGUUUAGGACUAGAGGUUUUAUACUUGUGUUUAGAUAGGAAAACGACUUUAAAGAAUUAUUAAUUCAGGGAUACUGCACUGAGCAAGUGGAAUGUACUCACUUCAUUGUCAUAAGUUGGUAUAUAUAGUGGCAUAGGUACUAUAUGUGUGUGUGUAUAUAUAUAUAUAUAUAUAUAUAUAUAUAUAUAUGUAUAUAUAGGGUCUGAUUUUGACUAUUCCACUGCCACACAUGCCCUUUCACGUGGACAACGAACAUACAGCACUAAAGCUAUCAGUAUCUGGUUAUGAGUUCUGUUUACAUUGAAUUGUAGCUUACAUGCCUCUGUUUGGACAAUCUAAAAUUCUAAAGGAAAAAAAUAAAAUAAAGUUUUUGUCCUUGUCUAAGAAUAAGCUCUUGUAUUUAGAACAACUCAACGACUCCAUUGCCUACUCUAUGCCUUUAAUUCUUUUAAAACAGGAAGAGCUGGGGUGUAAUAAAGUCAUUUGAAUGGCUAGACGUCUGGACUUAAUGGUUUUAUGGUGGUCCAGUGCGCUUUCUCCUUUCAAAGGGUCUUAUUUGGAUGUUUGUGUCACUUCAAAACAAAACAAAAAAAAUUCUGGGAAACUUGGACUGUUCUUUGACUG